GAUUUCUUCUUCAUCCGAUUAAUUCAGAGCAUUACGUAUCAUUCUUGCCCAACAGUUACUGCUCUGUCUCCGGCGAUUUCUCGGAAAAAGUGACUAAAGAUCGAUUUUUUCAGCUGUUUCUACGCUCAUCGUUCUUGGGUAAUGAGCGUAAUCCUAUUCUCCAAUCAUCUCUGCUUCCAACAAGCUUCGUUUUAAUGGAAGAACAUCAAGAAUUUGAGAAACCCAUCUUCGAAUUCCGCCCUAAGAAGCUCAGAAACUCUCGAGUUUCGAGAAAUCUCACGAAGAAGACUGGUUUCAGAGAAUCUAUGAAUCAUUACAAAGAGCUCUCUUGCAACUACGGAUUGAGGGAAAACCCGAAGAAAACCCAGAAAUCUUUACUCGAUCAUCGAUUGUGUACGAGGAGGAGGAAUAAGAAGAGCUUGAUUCGAUGCAAAGAAUGCGGGAAAGGGUUUCUUUACGAGAAAUGUCUGUUGAAUCAUCGCCAAGUGACGCAUUCUGAAGAAUCUAUGCGAAGAGGUCUGUUUUGUAGCUUCAGUGUUGUGCAGAGGAGAAAGAGAUCGAAGAGAGUUUCCAGGUACAAGAAGAUCCUUCCUCGAUUCUCUGUUUCUUCUUCUUCGUGUACAAUGUUUCCUGUUUCUGUGGAUGAUGGAGGAUUAUUAGAAGUCGCUGAGUCUCUGAUUCUGUUGUCUAUGAGUGGUGGAAAGUUCUUGAAUGGUUUGGAACUUAGUGGUAUAGCUCUGGAUUCGAAUCCGAGAGAAUUUGAACAUGUGUUAUUGAGAAAUGAGCUGAAACAUUUUGGUGAAGCUCUGGAUUCGAAUUCAGAGGUGAAUUUGAGAAAAGAUGGAGACUUUGAAGAUGGGUUUUUGAGUAAUGAGCAGAAGAAACCUGUGGGGAUUAACAGAGCAUCUGUUGGAACGUCGAAAGAGCUUUCGGGUUACUUGGCAGACAAGAAGGCCAGAGAAGACGAUGAAUCAGGUCAGCAGAAACUGGUAGGAGCAGGAAUUCUUAGAGAAGAAACCGAUAACGAACAGAAACUUGUUUGUCAAGAAACUGCAUUUGAAGAUUCAAUAUCAGGAUUUGAGAUGAAUAUUGAGCAUCGGUGUGGGCUCUGUGAGAAGGUUUUCUCGACUUAUCAAGCUCUUGGUGGUCAUCAGACGUUCCAUAGAAUGAGAAACAAGUCCAAAAGUCAACCAAGAGAUGCAGAGAAGAAUCAGUAGAAGCUGGAGCUGGGAUUAAAUAAUGGGUCAGUGACGUUGACGCAUAAGUGCAGAGUUUGCUCAAGGCUGUUUAGGUCAGUACAGGCUUUGAGAGGUCACAAGAAGUGUCACCACACGUGAACAAAUGAUGGAGAGACCUUUAGAUUCGAUGUGAAUGUUUCUAUGGUUAGUGGUGGAAUAUUUGAGCUGUAGUAUUGAAGAAGAAGAUCUGUCUCCCUCUCUCUAAUGGAGUUUUUUGUGUUGAAACUCAAUUGUUGUUCUCUGAUGGAGUUGUGACUUACUGACUUGUGAUGAUUGUAUUUCGUACGUAGAGGAGACUUUGUUUAGUCUUUGGUUUCUCAAAUGGUUUAGUGUUAAAAGUUGUACAGCCCUGUUAUGGUUUUAGCAU